ACUAGUGGCGACGUCAUCACCAGUCACACCACUAGCAGCAAACCUCAUGUUGGCCGCUCUACGCUCCCGAUCGUCGUCCUCACUGCUCCUUCAACAAUGGAGGCUAGGGUUUCCAUCUCUGCACCAAACCUUCACCUCCGCCGCCGCCAACGAAGGCCUGCUUGAUCUCCACGAGGUCGAGAGAGUUCUCAGCGACGUCAAGGCCGACGACGUCAAGGUCAUACCGGCGAACAACCACUCCGAGUGGGCCGAUUUCAUGGUCCUCGCCACCGGGAGGUCCACCUGGCACGUCAAGAACAUCGCCCAAGCCCUAAUUUACAAGUCGAAGCAAAAGCAGAAAGGAGCUCCGCGCUUGGUGCUUCCCACCGUUGAAGGGCAAGAGGGAGGAAAGUGGAUCGUCAUUGACUCUGGGAAAGUGAUAGUUCAUGCUCUUGAUGAGAAUGCUAGAGCUUACUACAAUUUGGAGACUCUUUGGACUGCAAAGCCGACUGAGAAAGAACCAAUUCAGGAUUUGGAAAAGGCUUUUGUGAAGGUCCGUCCGAAGAACAAUUCCAAAAGGAAACCAGCACAGAAAAGUGCUUAAACAGGGAAAUGAGUUACUUCCAGCCUUUGUUAUGUGAUGGUGAAGCCUCGUGCUCGUUUUGAAUGUAUACUAAGGAUUGUUGUUUAGUUGAAAUUUUAUUUCGAGUUGUCAUUUACGGCGUAUUCUAUCUUGAUCCUAAUAUUUAACACUAAUGGUCUCUCUCUUUUUUUUUUGGUC